GGAGGGAGCGCAGAGCGGAGCUGCGAGCGGAGCUGGUGGCGUCCAGGCGCGGCCGCUCCGCCUCAGGUGUGACUGGAAGCAGCGGCCUGACAGAGAGGGAAGCGGUGAGCGCCGGUGCCCUGAGCGCGGUCACCAUGGACCGCCCUGACGAGGGGCCUCCUGCCAAGGCCCGCCGCCUCAGCAGCUCCGAGCCCUCUCAGGAUGACGCGCCGCCGCCGCCGCCACCUCCGCCGCCGCCGCCGCUCAUGCGACUGCCCCUGCCUCCGCCGGAGCAGCGCCCUAGGCUCCGGGAGGAAACGGAGGCGGCACAGGUGCUGGCUGACAUGAGGGGGGUGGGAUUGGGCCCCACUCUGCCCCCGCCGCCCCCCUAUGUCAUUCUGGAGGAGGGGGGAGUGCGCGCGUACUUCACCCUGGGCGCCGGGUGUUCCUAUUGGGAUCCGGAUUUCGAGUCUGGGUACGGGGAGGCGCCCCCUCCCUCAGAGAGCCUGGAAACGUUCUCUCCUGAGGAGGUGGCGGGGGGAAGCCUGGAGAUUGACAUUCAGGUUACGGAGCCCGAGCCCGAGCCGGAGCCUGAACCCGAGCCCAGCGGCUUUAGUGGGGAGGCCAUCGAUACCUGUGGCUUAGGGGGUCGGGAGUACCAGGUGUUAGCCGGCCUCCAGGGGAAGGAAGAGGCCAUUAUUAUAGUGGAGGAUGAUGAGGAGGAGGUGAAGGAGAAUGUGAGGAAAAAGAGGAGGAGGAGGAGGAGGAAGCAGAGGAAGGUGAAGAAGCCAAGCAAAGAGAUAAAUCCCGAGAAGAUCCAGUACGUCCUGCAGGCACUGGAAAGCAUUCAGCUAGACCUGGAGGCGGUGAACAUUAAGGCAGGCAAGGCCUUCCUCCGUCUCAAGCGCAAGUUCAUCCAGAUGCGGAGACCCUACCUGGAGCGCAGAGACCUUAUCAUCCAGCACAUCCCAGGCUUCUGGGUCAAAGCAUUCCUCAACCACCCCAAAAUUUCAGUCUUGAUCAGUCAACGCGAUGAAGACAUCUUCCGCUACUUGACCAAUCUGCAGGUACAGGACCUCAGACAUAUCUCCAUGGGCUACAAAAUGAAGCUGUACUUCCAGACAAACCCCUAUUUCACAAAUAUGGUGAUUGUCAAGGAGUUCCAGUGCAACCGAUCAGGCCGGCUGGUGUCUCACUCCACCCCAAUCCGCUGGCACCGGGGCCAGGAACCCCAAGCUUACAAGGAAAGGAACCAGGACACCAACUACAGCUUCUUCAGCUGGUUCUCAAAUCACAGCCUUCCAGAGGCCGACAGGAUUGCUGAGAUUAUCAAGAAUGACCUCUGGGUCAACCCUGUGCGCUACUACAUGAUGGGAGAAGGCGGCUACAGAGCAAAAAGAAAGAAGCAAGAAAAGAAAGAAAGGUUUUCCCACAUUAAAAAGAGGGACAGAUACGAGUUGGUGAUCAUGGAUGACUUCGAUGACUAUCAGCUGAUGCAAGACAUUAUCGGCGAGACCUCAGACAGUGAUUUUAUCACUGACGACAAUGAGACUGUUCACGACAUCAAGAUCUCCGACUUCAUGGAGACCACCGACUGCUUCGAGACCUCGGACGAGAUAACUGACUUCAGUGAGAGUUUCUGUGACAGUGAGAGCGUCUAUGACUGUGAAAGCCCAGACCGCCACCUCACCACCGAAAACAAUGACAGCGCUGAUGAGCACACUUAUGGUGGUGAGAACUCCAAAGGUGGCGGCUGUGGCAACAACCUCGACAGCAGCGACAGCGACUACGGAGACAAUGAGACCAGCGAUGAUGAAGAUAAUGACGGCAACGAAGGUGACAACGAAGGCAGUGAUGAUGACGGCAAUGAAGGUGACAAUGAAGGCAGUGAUGAUGAUGACAGAGACAUUGAUUACUAUGAGCAUGCCAUUGAAGAGCCUGAGAAGGGUCAGCUUAACAUCAACAACCUGGGCUACUAUGAAGGGCAAAGCUGGCCAGGACCAGGGAAUCGAGACAUGAGCACAAUCUGCUCUUGUGGUGAAAAGAAAAAAGCAUCUGUGCAACUUGUAAAACAAGAAGAUGAGGACAGCGAUGACGAGGAAGGAAGUGAGGAGGAAGAAGAGGAGGAGGAGGAAGGAAUGGGCGAAGACUGGGAAGACUCUGACGUGGAGGAGGUGCUUCAGGUCCAGAACGCUUGGGCCAACCCCCGGAAGAGGGGCAAAACCGGAUAAACAAAUGUUUCACCCUUGCCCUUGUGGCUACUGCCUCUGUGUCCCUCUCCCUCUGUCCCAUUUGCCCUCCCCCUCAGCUAGGGCCUUGAGGCUCCACAUUGCACUUCUGGGGGGUGACCAAGUUCGUACACGGGUUUGAAGUUUAUUUUUAUGGUUUAGUAAUCGCAGAGUUCUUAUUUUGGGGGGGAGGGAAAGGGGGACUCCCCCCUUCCUUUCGGCCCUCCUCCCUCGCAGGCUUCUGUGUGCUGCUACGUAUUUAUUGUGAUGCCUUGGCCACGGCCCCUCUAUCCCCCUCCUCGUGCUGUGUGGAGUGAACACCCCUGAUCCCGAAGCGGGGAGGGCUGCUGUGGCCUUGGGAUGGCUGCUGCCUCCCAGUUGUCCUAAGUCUCUUCCCCUCACACUUCAACCUGCUGUGCCCGCUAGCCCGCAUCGGUGUCUAUGCAAGGCCGCUUUGCCAUUGCGGUAUUCCUGUCCCCCACCCCCAGAAGCCCUGCUCAUUCCCUGUGAACCCUGGUUAUCCUAAUAAAGUUCUCAGCAAA